AUCGUCGUCUACUUGCGUCAGUUGGGAGCCUUUUCGGAGCAGGAGUUGCGCUUAAAUUUUCUCCAGGCUAGGGGCGCCUGUCUGCUCCAACAAUUGUCAGCUGCUCUGUCCAGGCCUGUGGCCGGCUCCACUGUGGACCCUUUGGGAUCCAGCUAUCCUGGACUUAAUGCCAGCUUCAGUGGCGCUCGCAGAAUGGAACAAGAGUCGUAUAUAUUAGCCAUGCGCCGCAUCGAAGUUACACGUGUACACCUCUUUGACAUAAUCACUCAAUACAGGGCUGUGUUCGCAGAUGAAGACGGCUUUUCCAGGGGUUCAGGUCUCUCGGCUAGUAAGCUCGACGGUAGCACCUGUGGUGAACUGAGUUCACACACUCUACUUGCCAAUAUCUCACCCCUCAAUCUGGAGGACCUGCCCGGUUUCACCCUACCACCGGGCUCCGUCGUAGAUGGGCUGGCUUGCCCCAAGCCCUCAAGCCCGUUCCACGCCUGGUUUGUGACCCAAAUUUCCGCAUUCCUCGAUGGUCUUGCCAGUGAUCUUGAAGGUGUCCUCCGGCUGCCCAAACUCUCCGUCGCUGAAGUUACUGAUCAGCUGGCCUUCCAUAUGACUAAUAAGGACUUUGCUCCAGGCUCCAGCACAGCAGACGACGCACUGUCUUACGCCGCGACACCCGAGGCAGUAACCUCAGCUUUCCAGCGCGUGCAUUCCCUGCUGACACAGAGCCUCUACUUCGGACGGUCUUUUGCAAGGAUAGGUUGUGACUUUAGAGCGCAUCUAGCGAUCUUGUUUUCCCGAGCAAUUCUCUCAUACUUUGAGGUGAGUAGUCCUGCCACUUUGAGAAUGUUUCUUUUUCUCAUCAAAGUUAAACGCCUGGUGUAUCACUUUCUGUUGGGUCAGGCCAGCCUGGUUAUUAAGGAGUUUAUUGUAGCAUCACUGAUAAACCGGUGCAUAUCCUAA